UUGAAGUGUUGGAAGUUUUAGUGAAGAAACUCCUCCGGGCUGAAAUGAGCGAUCAGCAGGGUGACAUGGCCAGUUUGGUGGAAAGUGAUGGAGAUGCUCUGGAACAAUCUAAUAAUUCAGGACAGGAAACCCAGCAGCAGCAUCAGCAGCAGUCUCCGCUGGCACUGUUAGCUGCUACAUGCAGUCGAAUAGAUGAAACUGACGCCCAACAGCAGCAGCAGAUCAGCACUCACAUGGAUCUAAACUCAGCUCAGCUGGCACAAGGGGCAAACGGUUGGCAGAUCAUUCCUGUGGGCGCUCAGAUAAACCCGGGCAUUGAUAAGGCCGUCUCUCAGAAGGGUCCAGAGACCGAACCCCAGCAGCAGUUUCUGUUAAGCCCCACUGCAGCGCUGCAGAACCAGCAGGUUCUCGGUGCCGCCCUCUCCGGAGUUCUGCCCAACAUCCAGUACCAGCUCAUCCCCCAGUUCACCACCAUCGACAACCAGCAGCUGCACUUCACCCACACCUCCCAUGAUGCAUCUGCAGCAGGAACAGGACAGAUUCAGCUUCUUUCAUCUGCCAAUGCCAGCCAGCCUCUCAUCACCACAGCAGCCAAUCAGGGUGCGGGAAGUGGAAACAUCCUGACGGUGCCUGGUGUAAUACCUCUCCAUAACUUCACUCUAGGAAACUCUGUCCUGACCAAUCAGACACCGUUUAUAAACAUGCCCCUAGCACUUAACAACAUUACGCUACUUCCUGUUAGCAUGGGCGCUAACUCAGCCAAGCCUGAUGGAGUUUUAAACUCCAAUCAGCAACUCGUUCAUAACCAACCCGCAACCAUAGUAACCACAUCCGAGAGCGUCGGCAACACAUACACCGUGAGCACACACACUCCCACCUCCACUGUCAGUUCCUACAUGGAACCAGUUUCAGUUCCAAACAGCAGCAUGAGUGUGAACACGUUUCAGAAUGUCACUGCAGGGAUCUCUGUUCAGUCUGACAGCAGAGUCACACAACAGCAGCAACAACAGAUUCUCAUCCAGCCCCAACAGCUCUUACAGCAGGGAACAUCCACUCUACCAACCAUCCAAUCAGGAGUUACCACAGGUCAUGUGAUCUCAGCAGACGGCCUGCAGAACCUACAGUUCCAGUCCCUGAACAACGGCCCCAUCUUUCUCAGAACAGUGGGGCCCAACGGCCAGGUGAGCUGGCAGACGCUGCAGUUACAGAGUCCUGCAGGGACCCAGAUCACUGUCGCAUCACUUCCUGGACUGGCUCAGCCUGCAAGCAUCAACCUGAACAGCACCGGACUGCAGAUGCACCAACUACAGGAAGUACCCAUCACCAUCCCCAACAGCACAGGUGAUCAGGGUGCAGCUGGUGAGAGUUUGGAUGAUUCGGUGUUGGAUCAGAGUUUAGACACAACACCACCGAGUCGCCGAUCCCGCCGAGAGGCGUGUACCUGUCCCUACUGUAAAGAUGGAGACACGCGUACUGACCCCACUAAGAAGAAGCAACAUAUCUGCCACAUUACUGGAUGUGGGAAGGUUUACGGUAAAACCUCCCACCUGAGGGCGCACCUGCGCUGGCAUUCUGGGGAACGACCGUUCCUCUGUACCUGGGCACAGUGUGGUAAACGCUUUACCCGCUCGGAUGAACUGCAGAGACACCGGCGUACACACACUGGGGAGAAGAGGUUCUCGUGCUCAGAAUGCCCUAAGCGCUUCAUGCGUAGCGAUCACCUCGCUAAACACGUACGCACCCACACCAGGAAGAAAACCACACCCAGUAUUGAAAACCAGUCUGAUCAGAUCAUCACCAUGGACCAGCUUUCACCCGAUGGAAUGGCACACUUGGCCAGCAGCGGUAUCAACGUGGUACAGGUUGGCGACGUUCACCCCCUCAACCUCAACAAUGGCUUUUAGCUAACCGCUAAUCAUUCUUAACCUGGAUGCUGAUGGCUGAGAUACAGGUGUAUAUGAUUUUGUUUUUUAGACGUACCCCCUGCCCGCCCCUCUUGUCCCAGUGUAAAUGCCAUCAUGCAGAUGAAAUAAUUUAAAUGUUUUGUUUUGUAUAUAAAUUAUAUUUUUCUAAACUUUGAGCUUUGUGUUGUGUGUAAUUUAUGCACAUCAUGUUUCAUCUUAAAAUAUUUUAUAAUUAAUUAUACAGUGCGUGUUUUUGUGAUGGCAACAGAACAAACACAAACGUGUUCAUUAAUAUUCACACACUGUCUCUGUAUCGUAGUUAUACUGAAUAUAAUUCAUCUUUCUGUAAUUAAAGUCAUUAAAUCCA